CGCUCCCCGUACUUCUCCUCCGCCCUCGCCCUUACCUAUGGCGUCCACGCCGUCGACGAUGUACUCCAGUUUCAUGUCUGGCGUAAACACCCCCCUCUCGUCGACGGGCACCCUCACCACGCCCCCGUCCCCCAAGUUUUCAAACAUCCACGGCGCCGUUCAUCAGAACGUCCUCUACGGCAAUCCUCGUAUUGAGCCCUCUCAUAUCAUAGAAUAUGUUGCGUCUCGCAAGGCCAACACCUCCGCUGUCUACAUCUACGAUGUGUCGGAGCAAGCGGGCUUUGGUACGCUUACCAAGGAGUGGACGCAGUCUCUAGAGAAGACUGCUCCCGCGAUCGACGUCCAGACGAGGGCAGGCGCGGGUUUGAGCCUCAUCGGUCGCCUGUCUCAAGGCACGAGCCAUGACACGGGUGCUGUCCUCACCGCCUACACGACCCCGGCGGGUUUGGCCACGAUGGCUCCGUCCCUCGCCCACCUCCCUCCUGCUUCUGCAGCCAGCCGCCUGGUCCUGCAGGUGAGCAUUACAUCACCGAUCGAUGCUCAAUAGCUGAUCCCCCAUAGGUUCCUAACGUCUCCACCGUUGGCGAGACCUUCGCCCUGUCCCCGACGCUGGCGUCGCUCUCGGCAACUCUACCCCUGCUUCCAGACAACGU